UCGAGGGGACGCCAUGUGCUUUUGAGGCAGAAGGAACUUGGUCCAAGAAAAUUUAUCUGCCUUUCAGUGGAUAAUCAAGCCUUAAAGCUCCGUGUUUUAAAAAUCAUGUACUGUUCCACGCGAUGCCUACGCACGGCGCUGCGUUUAGCUGCACGCACGUACAGACAUGAGAACCAGUUGCAGGCCUCAGCUCUGUUGGCAUGCAGGCUACUGAGGACCAGUUCAACAAAUCAUGUGGAGACCAUAGCCACCCCUCCUCUUGAUGGAGCAGCCAAACAGUACUCUCCUAAAAUUCAGCAGCUUGUCAAUGACAUAGCCAGUCUCACUUUGUUAGAGGUUUCAGACCUCAACGAACUUCUCAAGAAAACACUGAAUAUCCAAGAUGUUGGAAUGAUGCCAAUGGGUGCUGUAGCUGGAGCAGCAGUACCUGCAGCUCCGGCUGCAGAAGAGGAUGAGGCACCUGCCAAAAAAGAGAAGACUCACUUCACAGUAAAACUGACAGAGCUGAAAGCAGCUGAAAAAGUGAAGCUUAUAAAAGAAGUCAAGAACUGCAUUCAAGGAUUAAAUCUAGUACAGGCUAAAAAACUAGUGGAGGCCCUCCCUCAGGAAAUCCGUGCCAAUGUAUCCAAAGAGGAGGCAGAGAAACUGAAAGCUGCCCUGGAGGCAGCAGGUGGCACUGUGGUGCUAGAGUAGAGCAGUGCCAAAACUCCAUUCUUCUUGCACUUCAUGCUCUGUUCUACAUUCUAAUUUAAAAAAGAGGAAGGAAUAAUCAGAAAGGAUACAAAAAUGCCUGGGACAUUUUCAUUGAACUUGAGGCAGGACAACACUGCUCGGACUGAACUUUUUAGAAUGAAAAUGUGCUCUAAAGACUGUUAUUCUGUUUGCUUUUUCAUUUGUUCAGAUAUAUGUGUAUGAUUGCGGUGUAGCCUCUGGGCUAUAAAAAAAAAACUGGUUAAGUGCUAACCUAGUCAUCUUAACUGUGUAUGCAAGUGUAUAAAGCAGAAUGGUAAUUUGUACUGGGAGGACCUAUUCACAAACCCUUAAACGAAAAACAGGGCUUGUUAAAAGUUAGGAAGGCAUUGUAUUUCUCAAGAUACUGUUAAUGAUGUGAUUAAAGUUGAAUUAUCCAUGUUAUAAAAUAUUUGUAGAUUGGUUAUAUAUACUUAGAUCUUAGCAUAUGUACAUACCAUACUUCAUUAUUAAUAAUAUACUUCAGCUUGAUGCUUGUCAAACUGAACAUGACAAUUGCGACGUGAACGUGGUAUUGUCUUGUUGGUUAUAUGUCGAACCAACGCUAGGUGGCGCCUGAGCUCUUUGCUUGCAAAGCGAUACCAGGCAAUCUCAUCAGUUGUCAGUUUCAUGUAAGUACAAGGACGCAAGUACACGUAGUUAAAGCACGUAUAUAUUUAAGAAAUAUAUUUUAAAAGACCUACAAUGAUUUCUAUACUUCAUAAACUCCCAAAUAUGAUCAUCCUAAUUUACAGCAUUUAAUGGCAUGAUGUUCUUUUCAAUAUAUUGAUUUCACAGUGACACUGAAC